AUGGACAUAAAUGUGGGAAAAAUUUCUAUAGUGGUAGCUUUAAUUGUGAAACGACUGUCCGACAAACAUUCCGAGAGAGUUUAUGUCAGCAACCAAAAGCAAUCGAGGGAGUGGAGGCUUCUUAACAGCAUUUCAGGGACAAAGGAAGGCGACGAUUUCAGUACGCUAACCUUCGUUGGUUUCACAUUCAUUUCGUCGGUGUUGCUUCUUACAAGGAUAAUUCAACGAAAUUCGAAUUAUGAUACUUGUGAAAUUAUUCUUUUAUGUUUUGGAUGUCUGUUCUUCACCAUAGAGGGAUUGCUCAUACUUUUUACUGUGGAACAGUUGCCUGAGCAGAUUUUAACAUAUGCCUAUUCGCUUGGAGCGCUUUCCUUUUUGUGUGCCGCCUUGUUCGCUGUGGAUCUGUUGUUGUUCAAAAACUUGCUUAAGUCUAAGAACGCUGCUGCCCAAACGGAUUAUCAAUUAAAGGAAUCUUCAACUGUAACAAUGAAAGUGUUUAACGUUUCCAAUGCAGACAAAUCCAAUUGUUGCAACAGUUCUAAUCUUCCUAAGUUCAAUGUGAGAAAUGAACAAAGUGUUUUACGAACCGAUCUAUAA